AUGCGAAGUAUCCUCUUGUUUCUACUAAUCGGUGCUGACAUUUAUAAUGUUCACAUAAACAGUAUUCCAUUGAACGAAAAUAGACUUCCACAAUAUCCACCCUUCGCUGGACCACAGCCACCAUUCGGACCUCCUCCACUAUUCGCACCACCUCCACCAUUCGCAUCACCACCAUCAUUCGGACAACCGCCACAGCUCGCACCACCUCCACCAUUCGCACAACCUCCUCCAUUCGCACAACCUCCACCAUUCGGAAAACCACCACAAUUCUUUCCACCGCCAUCAGGUGGUCAACCUCCACAAUUCGUUCCACCGCCAUCGAAUGGGCAACCUCCACACUCUGGGCCACCGCCAUCAGGUGGUCAACCUCCACAAUUCGUUCCACCGCCAUCGAAUGGGCAACCUCCACACUCUGGGCCACCGCCAUCAGGUGGUCAACCCCCACAAUUCGUUCCACCGCCAUCGAAUGGGCAACCUCCACCAUAUGAACCAACUCCACCAUUCGCACAACCUCCACAAUUCGUUCCACCGCCAUCGAAUGGGCAACCUCCACACUCUGGGCCACCGCCAUCAGGUGGUCAACCUCCACAAAUCGUUCCACCGCCAUCGAAUGGGCAACCUCCACAAUAUGAACCAACUCCACCAUUCGGACAACCACCACAAUUCGUUCCACCGCCAUCGAAUGGGCAACCUCCACACUCUGGGCCACCGCCAUCAGGUGGUCAACCUCCACAAAUCGUUCCACCGCCAUCGAAUGGGCAACCUCCACAAUAUGAACCAACUCCACCAUUCGGACAACCACCACAAUUCGUUCCACCGCCAUCGAAUGGGCAACCUCCACACUCUGGGCCACCGCCAUCAGGUGGUCAACCUCCACAAAUCGUUCCACCGCCAUCGAAUGGGCAACCUCCGCAAUAUGGACCACCUCCACCAUUCGGACAACCACCACAAUUCGUUCCACCGCCAUCGAAUGGGCAACCUCCACACUCUGGGCCACCGCCAUCAGGUGGUCAACCUCCACAAAUCGUUCCACCGCCAUCGAAUGGGCAACCUCCACAAUAUGAACCACCUCCACCAUUCGCACAACCUCCACAAUUCUCACCACCGCCAUCUGAUGGGCGAACUCCUCAGUUACCACCACCCCCUCCUCCAGGAUCCCCACAGGGAUCUGCACCGAUGUACCAACCACCUUCAGGUGGACAGUCCCCUCCACUCGGACUACCAAUGUCCGGCAAUGACGGAUCGAAACCCUCACCUCCAGCUGAAUCUGAACACCCAUCAGCGGAGAAAUAA